AUGACAGCGAGCACUCAACGUAGUCUCAACCAAGUCCAUCUCGAUCGAAAUUAUAUAGAUCAAGACCAUCUCGAUCGAGAUCAACUCGAUUUCAAAGAAGCUAUAGUAGAUUCUAUUGCGCGUGCUAUGAAAAUCUCCGUUUAUACUAAAUUUUCGAAAAUGACUCCAAAGAUACUCACAGACAAACAAACGCCAACGACUAUCACAGAAGAGAAAACUGCAGAAGAGCAGAUGUCAAAGUUCGUUGUGGAGAAGAAGAUGAGCAUCGAAUUACUAGAGUUGUCCACGAAGUGGAAGACGUCUGGCGGCAUAGCAAGAUUUGUAUCGAAGGACGAAGCAAUGACUGCAUAA